UUGAAACUUUAUAAAUCCCAAGAAAAUAGGUGAAGUUGGUUCAGAACAAAAGAUCCAACGAGAAAAAUAUCUCAAAAACACACAAAGGAAGAAGAAGAAGAAGAAGAAGAAGAUGCCUUCAAGCACAUUCUCUGGAACUGUGAGCUCACCGAAGCUGUCAGUGGCAGUGGACACGGGCAACCCUUUUCUCAACCUCACCGUUGAUGGUUUCCUCAAGAUCGGAGCUGUUGGAGUCACAAAAUCUCUUGUGGAAGACACUUACAAAGCCAUCGACAAAGGGAGUGUUUCCAAGAGCACUCUUGAGCAUGCGCUUAAGAAGAUGUGCAAAGAAGGUGUUUACUGGGGAUCUGUGGCUGGAGUUUAUGUUGGAACAGAGUAUGGAAUCGAACGUAUCCGUGGCACUAGAGAUUGGAAAAACGCAAUGUUGGCAGGCGCGGCGACAGGAGCAGUGAUCUCUGCGGCUACCAACAAAGGGAAAGACAAGGUCGUGAUCGAUGCCAUUAUGGGUGGCGCUCUUGCAACUGCGUCCCAGUUCCUUAACAAUCAUUAUUUCUACUGAGUUUCAAUCUUCCUAUUAGGACCAAGUUUGGAUUGUUAUAUCCAAAUUUGGUCCUUAUGGUGUGGGUUUCUUUGUUUGUUUCCAAUAAAAAGAUGUAUUACUUUUGAAUGAAUUGAAUUCGAGUAACAUGAACGUUUAGCAAUGGUC